AGAGCCGGCGGCCCGGGAGGGCGCGGGUCUGGUGGGGCGGGCCGUUUCCGAGAGCGGCGGUGCCGGGGCGCCGUCCUUCUCCGCGGCCCCCGGGGACCGCGUGGUCCCGCCACCCCCAGGGCGGGCGGAGGCCUGAGCGAGGCUCGCUCCCGCGGGUCUUUGGCCGAACCCCCUGGGAACCGCGCCUGGCGGAGUCUGGAGCGACCAGUUGCCUGGGCGCCGGCCUCUCCUGCAGCUGGUGCACUGUGGCUUCUGCUGUCUGUGCCUUGCUGUGCGAGCCAUCCACUUGGCAAAGCAAGGCUCUAGUGAGUUCAGUGCUGGUUCUCUUGCACUUAGUGGUUUUGGUGGUUAUUCUGCUGUUUUGGGCGCGGAGAAACUGACAAUAGAAGACUAAUGUUUGUUUAAAAAUACAAAACGAACAGUCCUUCGAUGCACCGCAGAAAACCAGAUCAUUUCUCCCCCAGGCGUGGAGUGACUUGCUGGGUGGUCUUAGGGAGCUUUGGCCAACCUGCCACUGUUGGAGCUGUGGAUUCUGAAGACCAAUAAGCGCCAAGCUGUGGGUUAAAAUCAGUGCUCACCCUGGAUUUGGAAUCAAAAUAAAAGGGUCCUUUGAUUAAACUGAACAUAGAGUGACAAUGGAAAGUGGAUUUCUCUUCCUCAGAAAGGUGAUGGAGGCAGCAAAGAUGGGCAGCUAGCCUUCUGCUGGACCCAAAGUCCACCCUGGCCAUAGUGCAGUAGAAGAGAGGGCAAGUCCAGGAUGUGAAGUCCCAGAGGUAACCUUGGAAACAGCUUCUCACCUAUUUCCCUGCAACAAACUCUGGGUUUAUAAUCUGUUAUUGUCAGCCUACUUGUAGACUGGGUUUGUGAAAUUUACUGAACAGUCAACUUCUUGUGGUUGUUUAUUUGCAAACCAUAGGAAAAGAGAGAAACUCUGCCCACUAAGACUGGAUAAGUGGAAAUGGCAGACAGGCACAGCUGGAGCCGAAGAGUGUGCCUGGAGUGCAGGGGUCACCAUGACGCGUGCUGGCUGCACCCCUGGGGACUAGCACAUACUUGCCUGUGGGGUAGAAGGAAGUACAGGGCCCAGGGCUACACAGUACAGCCUUAAACAGGUGGCUGGUGAACCUGCCAUUGGUCAUCACCGCAGAUCUGCUGAGUUAUCACGCUGGGCUCUGGCUCCCCAGGAACCCAGCUGUAUGGGCAUAUGUUAAUUAAAACAUAUCUGCAUUAGAAUCUGUUCUGACCAGAAUAUAAACACAGUAUAAUCAGAUUGUUAACAACCCUGUGCUUGAAGUCCUCCAGAGACUCAGCAAGCAGUUCUGCUCAAAGGGGCCCCUGCCUUUCUGCUCCUGUCUUUCUACAGGAAAUCUGCCUUCUCCUUGAGGGAUUCUGUCAUGGGAAUGUGUGCGUCCUUGGAUAAAUCUGGCUUGGUGACGGUAGUGUGUUUUCUCCAGAGACACUGCCACUUCCUCCCUGCUCCUUUUCAAAUGAGGAAUUGGGCAGAGGGACCCUCGAAGUGACUGCAGUGGAAAUGGGGUCCUAGAGAGCAGAACUUCUGGCAGUGCAUCAUCGGCCUUAGAAGUACCAAGUCCUUACUUGUGCUGCUACCGGUGAACUUCUAGAAAAUUCUGGGGGCUACCUACGUAGCUCCAUGGAGCUCCAGUGCCUUGCUAAGAAAAGCAGCCAGGCACAGCUAUGUGACAUCAUGCAUUGGGGUGCAGAAGGAUCUCCUGGAGACCAGGAAAAGGCAGCCGUUGGCAGAGCUGCUCUGUGCUGUCAGAAACAUUGUGAGUCUGUACCAAGAGCAGCUGUGGUGGAAAGGUCUAGACCUCACCCUUCCCCAGAAGCCCCUUCCUCCUCCCAGCGGGACAGCGCUACUCUGCCAGCCUUCUUCCCAGAAGGACCUCCUAGCAACAGCCACAUGACAUUAGAACGGAAAGUCUGCCAGUGCUGCAGCCAGGAGGUAGAAACUUCUUUCAUCUAUGUGGACGAGAAUGUCAACUUGGAGCAGCGAGCCCGGAGGUCCCCCUCAGCAAAAGGGAGCAAUUGCCCUGGAGACCUUGACUGGGGAAAUCCAAGUGACUGGUCCCACGAGGCUGCCAUAUCCUUGAUAUCUGAAGAUGAAGAUGAUACAAGUACAGAAAGCACCUCUUCAGGGAAGUCGGUGGACUACGGUUUCAUCAGUGCCAUCUUGUUCUUAGUCACUGGCAUCUUGCUGGUGAUCAUUUCUUACAUCAUCCCAAGGGAGGUAACUGUGGAUCCCAGCACGGUGGCAGCCCGGGAGAUGGAACGCCUGGAGAGGGAAAGUGCACGGUUGGGGGCUCAUUUGGACCGCUGUGUGAUUGCUGGGCUCUGCCUCCUCACUCUUGGGGGCGUUGUUCUGUCCUGUUUGCUAAUGAUGUCUAUGUGGAAGGGAGAGCUUUAUCAGCGAAGCAGAUUUGCCUCUUCCAAAGAGUCUGCAAAACUCUAUGGUUCUUUCAACUUCAGGAUGAAAACCAGCACUAAUGAAAACAUCCUGGAACUGUCCUUGGUAGAAGAAGAUGUUCUUGCUGUACAGACUUAACUCUGACUGAACUUAAUGAGAAUUUGCCUUGGCAUUUUAUAUGAAAACAUGUUUUCUUAAAAUUAAUAAUGACUUAGGGCUGGGAAUUUAGCUCAGUGGCCUAAGCGCCUGCCUGGCAAGCCUGAGGUCAUGAGUUCAAUCCCCUGUACCACACAAAAAAAAAUAAUAAUGAUGACUUAUUUGCCAAGCAAGAAUAAUUUAUUUCACAAACUAACAAGCAGCAAGUGUUUUGUUCUCCUGAGUUUCUUCUAUUUAGAAGAAAAGUCCUUUAAAAUGCAUUAUAAACCACAACCAGCCACGCCUAGCUUUCUGAGAGCUGUAAACAAUUAGUCUGUAGUGGGCAUAAGUGUCUAUUUGUGUAACAAAAUAAUUCUAAUGACCCAAUGUACAAACAACUUCUUCUACAAAAAUACAGUACACUAUUCCUUGGGUAUGCAGAAGUUGUAUAUAUAAUGGGAUUGAUUGGCAAUCUAUUUUGUGAAAAAUAAGACUAGUCACAUAGUAUACAUUGAAUUCUCAGGUGCUUAUUCAUUUUCUUGCUGGAUUUUUCAUGACAUAAUUUGACUAAAUACUAAAAUACAGAUGUGUAGGUGUGGCUAUUUUGAAGCUUGAGAAUGUUGGUUAUUUUUUUUAAAAACUAUAAAAAUAUAUUUAAAUUAUUCCUGUAUUCAGAAAUGGCAACUAUGUCAUUAAACGUUCUAUUAAAAGGAAACUAUAUGAAUCAUCUAAGAACAGUGUGAAAUAAAGCCCCAAUGUUAGUGCCAGAUAUUUGCCAGUGUCCCAUGUACUUUUUCUGAGUAAAGUAAAAGUAAUUGCUGAUAUAAAAUCCAUUUCUGUUUGUGGUUUUGUCAUCCUGGUUAUCUGUGCUCUUGAAGUCUUUGCCAUUUCUCACACCAGAGGGGCAAAGCUUGAGACUUUUUAAAACACACCUUCAGACAUCUGACCAUUGAGACAAGUCUGAGUCAUAUGUGGCUGUGGCGUGCUCCCGUGUGGUGUUUCAUUGUGGCUGCGUGGCGAAAAUCCGUAGCUUGCAGCUAACCUUUGGGACCUUGCCUGGCAGGUUGUGUCACUUGCAACAGCCAUUUCCACAGGAGUCUAUUACCUCAGCCAAAAUAUUGCAGUUUGAAGAGAAAGACCAAAUGUCCAUUCAGUGUCAAUAAUAUCCACCAUCAGUGUGCCUCUCAGAACGGUCCAGGCACCCUUUUCACCUCCUUACGUUUCAGCUGCUCAGUAACUGUGCGUUUGCCUCAUAAAAUGCAGUUUCUUGGUCUAGGAGGCAUGAAAUGGGCAUUGUGAUCACAUACCCAGCAUCCACACUGGCAUUGCUACAGUAUGGUGGCACUUGCUCAGUAAGACAUGGGGGAAUGCAGCCUCAGAGAUGCCUUGCAGUGUGGGACUAUUCCUGAGGAGUUCCCAGCCUCACGCACGCUCUGGGAGUUGUCACUUUAAUCAUGUGUCUGAAUUUGUUCAGUCAGUGAACACUGUGGAACAUGUGGAUGAUGCUGGUUAGCAGUGUGGGAGUCAGGAUAUUAUGUUAAUCAGCACUUGUAGGUGUCAAAUCCAUUUGAUGAAUAGGGUACCCGUGUGUUACUAGGAGUCUAGCUAAAGUGCAAAAAGAGUGGAUGGGGGGCAGAUAUGUGAAGGAAGCAUGGGAAAUCAUGAAUUUUGUUUUCUAUAGCUGGCUCACUGUGCUUUUUAGAUAUACUUUGUGUUUGACUCUGAUUCUCAUGCCAUAUUUUCAGUUAUAUAAAUUUUAUGUCCUUAAGGUUUAUAAAUUGUCCAGAUAGAGAAUUUUUAUGCCUAUAUCGUGUACUCUGAGUAUCUACUUUGAAGAUUACAAUACACAGUGUAUUAACUAUUGUUAUUCUAUUUUGUUUUGAAUAUUUUUUCCAUAAAAUAAAAAAAAAGCAGACACUAAAAAAGUAAAAGAUUGAACCAGGUGUGGUGGCAUACUUCUGUAAUACUCAGGAGGCUGAGGCAGGAAGAUUGUUGCAAGUUGAAGACUAGGCUGAGCUACAAAACAAAACAAAACAUUGUCUAGUUCUAGCCUGCAUGGGUAGCUACUUUGGAUGAGGCCGAGGCAGAAAACAAAUAAUCUGCCUGAAUAUGCAACCAGGUCUUAUCUGGGAUAAGAAAAAAAGCUAGAAAUGACAUCAUAAAAUCUAUGUGUUUAUUCAUAUAGCCCAAAUGAGACUAACUGUGUUUUGUUUCCAUUUAGCAAUGAAGCAGGAUUCAUUAGCCAAAUGGAAGACUAAACUGAAUUAAUAUAUGGCCAGUUGUCGUUUGAUGACACAGGGUGAAAGUCUUCAGUUCUGUAAUAUUGAUGACAAGGGAGAAAAGCCAGCACUUUUCAUCUGGAAGUGUUUAAUGAAUCUUGCUACCAAAUAUGUAGAAAAACUAUUUAGGAAAAUAUAUACCUAUUCAAGUGGGAGUGGGGAGCUAUUUCUUUCAGAGAACUGUGUAAAAGUUUCCUUAAGAUUUAAAAUUGAAAGUUCAGAGUUAGCAAGUUAUUUCUAUAACACUAUAAAGUCUGCUAAAAUAUACAGCACAGUUCUUUUAAAUUUAACUUUUAUGACCACGCACCAUUCUAGUAACAGGGGUCAUCAGAAAAAUCAUCCAGAUGACUCCUUGAGGCUUUUUGACAUAAUUCAGAUAAUUCUCUUAACUAGCUUCCCCCUCUAUAUUUAGUAGUUUGAGUAGUACACUAUCUUGUCAGUGCCGGAAUUAAAGAUUGAUGGUUACUUGAUUUUGAAAAUAAGGGUAACCCAGGCCAAAAACACCUGUAAUUUUAUCCACCAUUGUCUCCAAUCUGAUACAGAGUGUUUUGAUGCUAGAAUUACUUUGGCCAGAACAGGUGAAAACUGUUGCAGACAUUGCAGAGUCAGGUCUAGGAAUCUUCAUAGAGAUUUGUGUUCUUACAUCUGUUGUUAUCUGUAGAAGAUUUUAUUACUAGACCCGGAAAAGCAGAUGUUUCAGAAGUCCCAUGCCUUAAACUUGUUCACUGUUUUCAAAAAUCUCAUUUCAGUGUUUCCUCCUAGUGUAGAUGGGAAGACAGCUAAUCCUUCAGCUACAUGAGGACCGGAAAGUAACAUGCCUUUCUGUGCUGUUGAGUUCUACAUGCUACUAGUGGACAAUUCAAGCUUCCUAACGUCUUUACAGAACUACCUAUUUAGGACACCUUUAACUGUGGUAGAAUCUGCAGUUUUCUUUGCAGUGCUAUGGGUUCUUGCCAGCUCUUGGAAGCUCUUGAAGCAGACCAUACAAUGUGAUGUAUUGCCCUUUCAUAUGAAGAAUGUCCUCUCUAUAGGUUUCCCAUUGCUGAGCUUUAUUUGUGGUUUAUAAGAAUAUAAAUGGGCUGCUUGAAGUGGGCAGUUCUUGGUGGCUGUGGGUGGUGGACCUUGAUUUUGUGUUAGCUAGAUUCUUACAUUGAUAAGCUUUACUCUCUGCUUAAAAUAUCUUGAGUUUAUCCCCACCUAUUUACCUGUUUUGGAGACCCAGUUCAACCAGUGCUGGGAUAUAUCCUUUGAGGUGCAAAUUUAGACAAAGAAACUACCUAUCAGAAUCAUUUGUGUAUAACCUUUAAACCCCAUAGUAAGGUCAAAUGAGUGAAUGAACAGUAUGCCAAUGGCAUAUGCUGGUUGUCAGUGUCUAGAAGCAGAUGGAAAUGACAGCAUGAAGGAUUUUGUGGACAAGUUUUGGAAGCCAAACACUACCACUUCUGUAGCAGUAUAGUCAUUAAAAUAGUCCCUAAAUCCAGCUGACAGUCUAGGAGUGGACUAGGUGCUAUUGUUGAAGGAAAGAAGGUUAUAAAAGGGUCUACAUCUAAAUUAAAACCUUCAUACUCACUAUUUCUAAAUUAUUUUCAGUGUUAUUAAUGGAGUACUUUUUAUGUACUUAAGUUUUUAACAUUUCUAUCUUUAAUGAACAUUAAUUACAUAUUUGAUUUAGGAUGUCCUAACAACAAUGUUGAAUUUGAUCUUUUAGAACUCAAGGAUGACUUUGGCCUUUUAGAGAAAAACUGGGUUCUCGCAUUCCAAUGUGGGGCCAUGAGUAAUUCACUGACCUGAAGGAAAAGCUCUGCUUUAAAGACAAGGUGUGUGAUGUGAUUUGGGGGAAACUCAUACCUUCAGACUUUUCCUCUCUUUUUCUACAAAAAUCUACCCAAAGUCUCAAUUGGAACACUCGUAAGUAUCUAGUGUGGCAGAGUAUCAUAUCAUCCUAGUUAAUAAGUAACUUACUAGAUUUGCUACAUUGAUGAUGAAAUUAGUUACUGAUACAAGUCAACACUACAGAGGAAGUGUAACGCGUCAGGCUUCAGUUUUCACAUCUACUCAUUUAAUCCCACAACAGUCUUGUUAGGUAGAUGGAUGUAUCUAUGAUCCUAAUGAAUGAGCAAAGUUAGAGUUACUAUAAAAUGUUUUAAUUUGCCAGGUCACACUGUUCAUAAGUAGCAGAGCUGGAAUCUGAACUUAGAAUGCUUGACUAGACUUUUAAGGAACUGUUAAGUCAAGUGGCUGAAGUUCCCCACUUAGGUCUGGUUGAAAUCCACACUCUUCAUCGGUAAAAGACUGUUAACUUCUGUGGUUUUUUCCUGAACAGCCUGCCCUUUCUUCUGCUGGGGCUCUUUAGUGAUGAUAACUCAGGUUAUCAUUGAUAGCUCCUUUUUUAAAAAAUGGCUAUAGCACUUAAAAUCUGCAGUCUACAAUUCAGUCACAACAGGAUGUUUUCUAUUAAUCACUGAUUUGUGUAUUCGUCUUUUUAAAAUUUUCCAACUAGACUUUAAAUGCAGGGCAUGUAAGGACAUAUUUUUUUUUAGAUUUUCACACUACCUAGACCAAUACUAACUCACACUAGCCACAUGGUGACAGUUCAUGAUGUGCAUAAAUAGGAACAUGAUCCUUCGAAACACAUGUCAGUUUGUCUCAAUGCUACCAGUCUGUAAUCCUGGUUUUAAAUGUAAGAAAAUAAGCAAAAGGGGGAAAGUCACAUGUGGAAAUUUAGAAAACACGACCCUAAGGAAAACAUAAAACAACUAUGAAUUCUGCAUGGAAAGCCAAAGACUAACUCAGGACUUAUUAAAAAAAUAUUAACUAGUUUACCAUAGUUAAUAUAUACAAAUACUCUAACAAGGAAUCAAAAGAAACAUAUUACAAUGUUAAACUGGUGUGAUUUUUAAACAUUAAAUUGGGUGCUUAUUUUUUCCUUUUUUGAGAAAUAAUUCACAUUAUUAUGUAAGAUGUUAUCCUAUACAUUCAGUCAGAAAAUCAGUUAACAUGUUUCUUUAUGAAACAUAUUUUAAAGGAAUGUAUCUAAAAUCUUUAAAAUAUCUCUUCUCCCAGGUAUCCUACUUCAAGAUUAUUUAGAAUUGAAAUAUUCUAAGAGAUGGGUAAGAAUUGACCUACAAACAUUAUUGCGUUAACUAAAAGAAAAAAACUAUAAACAACUUCACAGCUCAAGGAAGGGGAAAGGGGAUGCUCAACCCAUGGAGUGGAUUGCAGUAAAACCACUAAAUCUAAUUUUCAAGUAUUUUUAAAGACAAGAAAAAUGCUCAUAUAAUAACAUGCAGUGAAAAAGUGAUACAGCUUUUGCUCAAAUAUAUCUUCUAAUUACAAACUGAUUUAUGUAUGCAUAAGAGAAAACAAACCUUAAAAUGUAAAUAAUGUUAUAUCUAGAGUGAAGUUUUGUUAGUUUUUUGUUGUAUUUUUAAAUUUGCCUUUUUGAAAUUUGCUUUAAAAUUUUUCUUGACAGCAUCAUUUUCUAUUUAUUUAUUUAUUUAUUUUUGGUUUGUCUUUUGUUUAUAAACAAAGCAAAAGAAAUGAUACAAAAUUUCAAAAAAUACAUAAACACUAGUUAAUAUAUUGCAUAUUGUUAUCUUAGAAGUAGUUGUUCAGGUUACAAGAUUUCAGCAUGAAAAAAAAUAAUAGGAGCAUAAACUUACGUUUGAUGAAUUUACAGAGAUUAGUAGUAUAUUUAUGUAUCUUGUACAGAUACAUACAUAUCUAUAUAUAUAUAUACACACAUACAUGCUUGCACACAUAUAUCUGUAUGCCUAUAGACAUAUAAUCUUUUCCCUUCUUGUUCUCCUUUCCACUGUCCCAGUUGCUCUUUCCUUUUGAUCACUUUCUUCACCUUUCAUUUUCACAAGAUCUACUGUACAUUUUGAAUCUUUUUACUCUUAUAAUGACUUUUUUAUACUAGGGAGACAGUACAGUAUUUACACAUAUGAGUUAGAUUUAUGUCACUUGUGAGUAUGGUCUCAAGUUGUAUCCAUUUAUAUAUAAAAGCUUAAAGUUUAUCCAUCUUUAUAGCUGAGUAAUAUCCCAUUGUAUAAAAAUGCCACAUCUUUUUUAUCCAUUCCUUGGUUGAUGACAUUUGGGUUGUUUCCAAAAUGAAGCUAUUACAAAUUGUGCUGCACGUAAACCAUGUAAACAUGGGUGCACAUAUAUCAUUGUGCAUGAUGUUUUAAAUUCUUCUGAGAAAAUACACAGAAAGGCAAUGACUGGAUUGAAUGGGACUUCUAAUCCUAGUUUUUUGAAGAGUCUCCACACUGAUUUCCACAGUAGUUGUACCAGUCUACAUCCUCAUCAACAUUUAUAAUUGGUUGAUUUCUUGAUGGCAACCAUUUUUUUUGAGUGAGAUAAAAUCGCAAUAUUGUUUUAACUUGCAUUUUGCUAAUGACCAGUGAAGUUGAACAUUUCCUCCUGUAUUUAUUUGCCAUUUAUAUUCCUUUAUCUGAGAAGUGCAUGUUCUUCUCAGGUGCCCAUUUUUGGGUUGGGUCCUUGAAUCUGGGGUGCCUGAUGUUUUUCAAUUUUUUAUAUGUUAUACAUAUAAGUCCUUUGUCUUAGGGAUACUUGGCUAAAUUUUUUUUGCAAGUUUUCUUUUCAUUUUGUUGAUUUCUUUUGAAGUGCAAAACUUUUUAAUAUGAUAAGACACCAGUUCAUAGUUUGAAGUACUUCCUGUAUGGCUUGCAUUUUAUUCAUGAACUCUUUGCCUAUCUGUAUGUCUUCAAGAUUUCUUUUUUUUUUUUUCAAGAUUUCUACCUACCUUGACUUCCAGCAGAUUUAAUGUUUCUAUUUAAUAUUUAGAUCUUUGAUCCAUUUGACUUUAGUGCAUGGUGAUAGACACGGGGCUAGUUUUGGUCUUCAGCAUGUAGAAAGCCAGUUUCUACAGUACCAUUUACUAAAGAGGUUAUCUUUCUUCCAGUGAAUAUGUUUGGCCCAUUGUCAGAGAUAAGGUGGCUGAGUGUCUUUGUAGUUGUAUCUGCAUCUUCUAAUCUGUUCUAUUCAUCCUCAGAUCUGUUUUUUUCCAGUACCGUGCUGAUUUUGCUUGGAGCUUUGUAGUAUAAUUUCAAGUCAAGGAUUGUAAUACCUCCUACUUUGCCUUGGUUGCCCAGGAUUGCCUUUCCUUUUCUAGGUCUCUUUGGUUUCCAAAUAAAUGUUAGGAAAGUUUUCUUUAGAUCUGUGAAUUAUGUUAAUGGUAAUUUGAUCAGGCAUUAAUCUGUAUAGCAAUUUUGGAAGUAUGGCCAUUUUCACUGUGUUGGUUUUUCCUAUGCAAAAGCAAAGGAUAUCUUUCCAUUUUCGAAUAUCUUCUUCAAUCUUCUUUUUUAGAGUAUUAUAGUUUUCAAUGUAAAGAUCUUUUACAUCUUUUUUUAGGUUCCUAAAUAUUUCAUUUUUUUUUGAUGCUACUGUGAAAGCUGUUAUUUCCAUAAUUUCUAUCUCAGUGAAUGUGUUGUUUGUGUACAGGAAUGCUAUUGAUGUUUUAGAAUUGGCUUUGUAUCCAGCUACACUACUGAAUCUGCUUAUUAACUCUGUCUUUUCAUGGGAGUUUUGGGGGGCCUCUAUGUAAAGUAUCAUCAUCUGAAAAUGAUAAUUUAAACUUCUUCAUUUCCUAUCUUUACUCCUUUUAUUUUUUUCUCUUAUCUAAUUGCUCUGGUUAACAUUUCCAAAACUAUAUUGAAUAGGAGGGUGUUAGCAGACAUAGUUGCCUUGUUCCUGAAUUUAGAGUGAAAGGUUUCAGUUUUUGUUCUUUUAGUAUGUUAGCUGUUUGUUUGUCAUAGAUGGCUUUUUAUCAAAUUGAGGUAUAGAACAUCUAUUCCAAUUUUUAUCAGAAGCUUUUUCUCUAUCUAUGGAGAUGAUCACAUGAUUUUUGUCUAGCUCUAUUGAUAUGGUAUAUUACAUUUAUUAAUUAGCAUAUGUUGACCCACCCUUGAAUUCAUUCAUGGGAUGAUUGCUGCUUGGUCCUAGUGUAUAAUCUUUUUUUUUUUUUUUUUUUUUUUUUUUUUUUUUUUUUCCAUUUUUACCGGUACCGGGGAUCAAACUCACGACUGCCUGCUUGCAAGGCAGGUACUUAUGCCGCUGAGCUAAAUCCCCAGCCACCUAGUGUAUAAUCUUGAUAGUUCGUUGCAUUCUGUUUGCAAGUAUUUUAUUGAGAAUUUUUGCAUCAGUGUUCAUUAAGAGAUUGGCUUAUAGUUCUCCUUUUUGGUUGCAUUUUUCUCUGGUUUUGGUAUCAGGUUAAUCCUUGCCUUCAAAAAUGAGUUAGAGAGAACUGCUUAGCUUUCAGUUUCAUUAAAGAGUUUUGAAGAGUUUUGGUGUUAAAUCUUCUCUAAAUUUCUUAUAGAAUUCAGCCAUGAACCCAUCAGGACCUGGGCUUUUCUUUUUUGGUAAGUUUUGAAUUAAGUUUUCAAUUUCAGUAACUAAUAUUGGGUUAUUUAAAUUUUUUUAUGUCUUCCUGAUUCAGCUUUGGUGAUUCAUGCAUUUCUAGGAAUCUGUGCAUUUCCUCUGUGUUUUCCAGUCUAUGCUGGAAAGUAGGGUAGGUGUUGAUAAUCUGAGUUCAAUGUAGGUGUUGAUGAUCUGAAUUUCCACAGGAGCUGUAGUAAUUUCAGCCUUUUCAUUCCUCAUUACAUGAAAUUUUAUUCUUCUUUCUUUUUUUAUAAGAUUGGCAAGGAGUUUAUCAAUUUUGUUUAUUUGUUCAAAGAACAAACUCUUCAAUUGGUUAUUUUUUUUGCUUGGUCUCAAUUGUGUUAAUUUUUGCUCUGAUCUUUAUCAUUUCUUCCCUUGUAUAAGCUUUGGUCUUGACUUGCUCUUUUUCUAGAAGAUUGAGGUACAGCAGUAGGUUGUUUACUUGUGCUCAUUCUGUUUUCCUGAUGGGAGAAUUCAGUGCUGUAUAUUUUCCUGGUAGGACCACUUUCAUUGCAUCCCACAGGUUCCAUUAUGUUGUAUCUAUCUUGUCAUUGAAUUUUAGAUAUUGUUUAAUUUCUUCUUUAAUUUAAUCUGUAGCCCAUUGCUUGUUCAUGAGGGUGUCCCUUAAAUUUCCAUGUGUUUAUGUAGGUUUUGCAGUUUAUUUUGCCAUUAAUUUCCAAUUUCAAUGCACCAUAGUCAGAUAAUAUGCAUGGGAUAAUUUCAGUUCCUUUGCAUUUAUUUAAGCAUGUUCUAUGGGCUAGUAUAUGGUUUAUUUUAGAGAAUUUCCCACGUGCAGCUGAGACGAAUGUGUACUCUGAUGUUGUUGGGCGGAACACCUGUUAACAUUUAGUAAUCCAUUCGUACCAGCUUUUGUUCACAGGUUUGAUUCAGUUCUGUUAUUUCUUUGCUGACUUUUUAUCUAGUUGAUCUGUCUCUUUGGACAAUGGAGUAUUGAAUUCUAUUACAACUGUGUUAUUCCAUAUGUGAUUUUUCAUGACUAUUAAUAUUUGUCUUAUAUAGUUGGGUGUUCUCAUAGUUGGUACAUAUUUAUUUAUGAUUUUUAUCUCCCUCUUGAAUUUUUCCCCUAACAAGUAUAUAGUGACCUUAUCUCUUUUGAUCAUUUUUGGUUUAAAGUUUAUAUUAUCUGCAAACAUAAGAGCUAUUCCUGUUUUUUUCUGGGUUCCUAUCACAUGGAAUUAUGUUUUUCAUCCCUUGACUUUCCUUGUUUAACUGCCUGCCCUGCCUAGUGAUUUCCUUUUUUUGUUGUUCUGGGAAUUGUGGUCAUUUUUAUCUCUAAUAUGUCUGUCAGUGCACUUUCUAGAGUUGGUUUGGUGGACAUAAAUUUCUUCAGUUGUUCUUUGUUAUAGAAGUAUCUUAUUUCUCCAUUAAAUUUGAAAGAAAGUUUUGUAGGGUACAUCAAUCUGAGUUGAAAGCUGUUUUCUUCAGGGCUUAUAAUACUUUACUCCAAGCUCAUCUUGACUUGAUGAUUUGUGUUGAGAAGUCAGCCGUGAUUCUAAUGGGCUUUCCUUGAUAAGUGAGCUUUUUGUUUUCUUGUAGGCUAAAUUUCUAAGAUCUUGAUUAUUGUAUGUCUGAGUGUAGAUUUAUUUUGGUUAUAGCUGUUUGGAGUUGUAUAUGCCUCACUUAUCUGUAUAUCACAAUCUUUUCCCAUGCCUGGAGAUUUUCUAUUAUUACUUCUGCAAAUAUGUCAUCUGCAUUGACUCCUGCAUUUUCAUUGACACCUAUCAGCUUAUAUUGUUUUCUUUGCAUCAUCUUGGAGCUGGUGAAUUAUUAUUUCUCUUAUUUUUUUAGGAGUUCUUUCCUUUUAUGAUUGCUAACUCUGAUCAUGUCUUUAAGGUCUGAAAGUCUAUCUUCAGUUCCAUUCAAGUGGUUUUACCAGCUUUCAUGGAAUUUUUAAUUUCCUGGAUAUCUCUGAAUUUGUUUCAUGCAUUCUAUUUCUUUCUUAUAUUUAUGCAAGGUUUCCAUCAUUUUCUUUAUUCUGUAUUUUUAAUCUAUAUCUUCUCUAGCUAUGCUGAGCAGUUCCUUUAGUAAGACAGUCAUUUCUUUCUUUAUCUGAGAUUAUUUCUAAUCUGAUUCCCUCUGUAGCCUCAUGGAUUUGUUUCUUUAUUUCACUUGUUAUCUUUUCAGAAAUUUCAGAUGUAUGACCACCAGUGACCUCUAUUUUGAUGUCUCCUGUACUUGUACUUGUUUCAGAUGGGCUGGGUACUUGAAAUUGCCUUUUGGCUUUUUAUCAUUUUUGGGGGUUAGUAUUUUGUUCUUUUCAAUCCCCCUAGUCUCAACUAUCUGUCAUGUAUGUCCUGUUAGGUGGCUGUUAUUCACCCAGUUACUGUGUCCUACAGUAUAGGAAAGGGGACAGUCACCUGAAUUCCUCCUGCAGGGCCAGUUGGGUGAGUCCUAUAUUCUUGGCACUAAUCUAGGAGCAUUGAUGUGAACCAGCCCUUAGCAUAUAUUGUUAUUGUGGCUUCCAAAUGUUCCAGGCCACCAGACCCACCUAUCCAUACAGGACCCUACUAUGUCACUGGAGAUUUCACAGGCCCAGUCAAGUUUCUCUGGGUGGGAAGAGGCUUCACUGGCACUCUCACUAGCCCACUUGGGGUUCUCUUAUGGAAGAAGGACUCACCCAUACUCUCACUGGCUUGUCAAGGUCCUCUGGGUGGGGGAAGGGUUCACUGAGGCUCCUGUUGACCCACUGAGGUCCUUUGCUUUGGGAGAUGACUCACUAUGCUCUCACUGGCCUGAUGAGGUCCUCUGAGUGGGGGAGAGUUGGCCAAGGCUCCCACCAGCCCACCAAGGUACUGCAAAUGGUAGGAGGGGUCAUUGAUGAUCCCCUCAGCUGCUGAGGUCCUCCAGAAGUGGAAGAGAGUUGGCUGGUGAUCCCAUUGGCUGGUGAGUUAUCUGGGUGCAGGGGAGGGGUGGCUUGUGCUUUGAAUUUUUAACAAACACUUAAAUAAUUCAGUGUGUCCAAUCGUAAUUCAAGGAGUUUGUAAAUUUUAGCUCAUUUUUAAUUUAAGCUUCAUAAGAACACAGUGAAGUAAGUGCUGCUGUGUCAUGUCCUUUCUAUGGACAAUGAAAGUGAAGCACAAAGAGGUUACAAUUGUUUGCCACUGAACUACAAUAUUAAAAAAACCUUCAAAGCCAAAAACAAAAACAAAAUAAAAAAUUUAAAUGGAAAGUAACAAAUUAUGAAUUAAUUAUUUUGAACUCUCUGUUCUAAUGUAAGAAUAAAAAGUAACAUGAAGAGUUCAGGUAUGCACUAGGAAAGUGAUUCUGUUACCCAGGGCAGUUACCAUGGAAUGUGUUACAUAGGAAGACACAGGAACCCAACUGGAGGGCAUCAGUGUGAGACUAGUUCCCCCCUGCAUUGAGGAAGGUGCUCUCAUGAUUCCUACAGGGUCAGUGGGUCAGUUGUUAAUGGAAGUAAAAUGGAUAUGGAUGACCUGUGUGCUCACUAAUUGCAUUUAUACUUUCUCCCUUUAAAGGAGUUACAAAGGUGAGACUGCUUCCUGUAAAUAUGAUAACUUAGAUGUUUUUGGCCUACAAUUUAGAACAGUGAAUGAUAAUCUAAAUUUUUCCAAGAAGAGUCUGCUUACUUCUCCGAGAGCAGCAAAAAAUGUACAGACUGAUUCAAAAGCAUAUUCUCCAUUGUUUUCUAUCAAUUUAGAAAUAGGGAGGGUCUGGAAGGAGUGAAUAUGGGAGACAUAAGUUGACCCCGGAGGAGGUCAACAGCUUGAGGGUAAACAGUAGACCAGGCUGGCAACGUUUGCCCAGGAAAAGCCCACAAUUAUUAUAAACUGCAAAAGCUGUGGGGUUUACUCCUUCUGCAUAGUAGGCUAUCAUUGGAGAAAUCCAGUGCAGUGCCCAUCAUAUUGUAGAGGGUUUGAUCAGGUGCUCUUUUCACAAGGGUUUUAUGAAGACUGAGCCAUGGAACAACCACAGAGCAACUUCAUUUCGGGGCACCCAGUGUCAGCCUACCACAGUGACUGGAUAGGAUGUGGCCCUAAGAGACAUUUGAAGAGGUGUGCAGGCUAGGUCUAGACCCCCUGAAAAGUCUAAGCCCAACCUUGGAAGGAGCUGGGGGCCCUGCCUUCCAUGGAGAGAAGCCAGAUCCAUAAUAUGUGGCUUUCAGAGGAGGCUGGGUCUGGAGAUGCUGGCAUUCAGUGCAGCAGUCUUCUUGAACCUCUGCUACACAACUGACAGCCAGCACUGAGCUCAGUGGUCUGGUUGCUUUUGCAGUCCACUAACAUGACCAGUGACAUUGGAUAAUUACCUAGCCUGUCAUGUAAAACACAGGCUGCUAGAGCAAGGGAGCCACCUCUUAAACCCAUGGGCUGUAAAGCUACAUGGAGAAAGCAUGACUUAGGAUGCACAGAAGGACACAGAAAUUGGGAGCUGCCAGAAUGACUACAACCUUAAAGCAGACACCAUUGAUCACCCACAUCCAGUGGGAAGGGUAGAACAGGAUUCAACAUGUGAGUGUGGAAAAAAACAGUUUUACAAAUGACUCAUCUCCCCCAUAUCUGCUGGAUUCCAACCUUGCAGACUAACCCUGGGAAGAAACCGCUCAUUCAGAAACGUGGAGGAGAGUUUUUUCACUCAUUUUCUUUUUUCCCUUCUACAGUGAUAUUUUUCUUUUCUUUUUCUUAACUUUAAAUUUUUUCUUAUUUUAAAAAUGUUGUUCUUUUUCCUUGUUUUUUUUUUCUGUUACUUUUAUCUAAUUCUACUAAUUUCCUUUUAAUCCUUGACAAAUUUUUAUUUCACUUUUCUCUCUUUCCUAUCUUCUAUUGUUUAAUUUUUAAAAUUUUGCUUCUCUCAUUCUCUUGUUUCCUGCACCUUCUCUCUUUACUAGGAUAGCCAUUAAACUUUACUAAUCUUUAGAUAAUUCUGUUGACUUCUAUUGUUAGGAGAAGUAUAGUGAUUGUAUUUAGUAGAUAUUAUAUGUCAAUAUUUGGUUCGUCUUAGUGUUUAUAUAUAAUUAUAUAUCUCUUUUCCAUGUUUAAGUAUGGUACAUUAUUGGUUCUUGUGGUAUAUCAAUAUCCAGUGUGUCCUUGAUGCUAUUAUUGUUACUGAUUUUGUUUCUAUUAACAUAGUUGGUGUUAGUAAUUUGUUUUUCUAUGCAUACUAAUAGGAUUGCUUUUGUUUUGCCUCAGUCCAUUCCUGGAGAACUGGAUGCUGGACCAAUUACACUGUAUCUUCCCCUCCUAAAUUAACAGAGGGAGCUGGAUCUUGGAACAGAGGCAAAGGCCUAUAGUUAUCUAUGCCCAUAGUGCAUAACUGAAAAGCACAAUAAAGAGACCACUAUAUGAGCAAAAUGUCUUUCACAUGCACAAACAAGACAAUAAAACUUGAGGAAACAGCGCAACAAAGUGUCUCAAAAAACUCCCGCAAAGCUGAUUCAUAAAGCAUUAAGAGGAAGAAAAUCAAAGUCAACAUAACUGAGUUAUUCUACCUGAUAAAAGGGGAGAAAAAAUCAGCAAGGCACUUAGGAAGUUCAAGAAGAUAUAACUCAAUAGAUCAUGAGCUUAAAAUGAGUGAAUUUACAGAAGAUACUAAUAAAAGCUAGCUGAGCUAAAUAAAAUGACAUAAAACAUGAAUAACCAGGUUCGCAAAAAAUCAACAUCCAUAAAAUGAUACCAAACAGAAAUUGAGGAGAGUAAAAUUUCUAUUGAGAGUGUGAGCAAAUGAAUUUACCAAUGUGAGGACAGAGAGUUAGAACUAUACUUUAAAAUAAUAAAAGUACAUGACAAAUGGAUCCAACAGCUCCUUAGAUGGUGCAAAUAAGACUUGAAAUCAGUAAAAAAUCAGAAGACAGCACAAAUGUCAUUAAAAAACUGUUUACAUAAAAGGUAUUAGAAAGCUUUCCAGAUGUGGGAAAAGAAUGUAACAUACAGACAACUGAGGCAUACGCAGUCUCAAACAGGCACAACCAGAAAAGAAUUUCUCCAUAACUCAUUGUAGCCAAAAUCCCAGAAAUGCAAGACUAAGUCACAAUUGUAAAAACAGAGAAAACCAAAAAAAAAUUUAUAUCAUUUAUGGAGAAUUAUAGGAAACUUCUCAGCAUAAAUCUUAACGGGUUGGAGAGCUGUGAUAACAAUGCCAAAACAUCCGAAUGGAUACAUCAGCCAAGGGGAGUAACGUGGAAGAAAAACAAAAAGGAAUUAGGAAAAGGGGCACAGUGUGAUGACAGGAGUAAGUCAGCACCUUUCAUUAGUAACUCUGUGAGUGAUUUCAGUUUCCCAAUCAAAAGACAAUUUUCAGAACGGAUCAAGAAAAAAAAUUCAUUUGUAUCCUGUAUACAUGAAACACAUUUAAACCAAAAAGAAAUUCAUAAAUUUAAAAUCAAAAGAUCAUAUUGGCUAAGGGAAUAAUUGAAUGGGAAGACAUAAUGAUUGUAAACAUAUAUGCACUUAACACUAGUAUACCCUACAUCAUAAAACUUAAUAUUCCUAGACACAAAUCAAGUAAACAUCACAGUUAUAGUGGGGAAUUCCAGUAAAAGAAAUAUCAAGAGUUGAAGUCCAAAACUAUGACUUAAUAGUCAUCUACAGUAUUCUGCUGAAAAAUAAAAUUUAUGUUCUUCUUGGAAGCAUGGGGAGCUUUACCCAAAAUAGACUACAUUUUAACCAAUAAGGAAUGCUUAAAUAAAUGAAAAAGUAUUAAAGUUAUUCUAUGCAUAUUAACAGAUCAUAGUACAAUAAAACUGGAAAUCAAUAGCAAAAGAAACUGCAGUAACUACAUAAGCACAUGGAAAUUAAUGCAUUCUUGAAUAUUCAGUGGGUCACAGAAAUCAAGGAAGACACUUUCUAAAAUUUAUACACUUUCUAAAAUCAAGCGAUAAUGCAAGUAUAAUGUACCACAACUCAAGGGACACAAUGAAAACAGUCCUAAAAGGAAAGUUUUGAUUCUGAGUACCCACAUCAUAAAAAUAAAGUGAGCCCAAAUAAAUAGCCUAAUGGUGCACCUCAUGAUUCUUGAAAAACAAGAACAAACCCAAAGCUAGAACAAAGAAGAAAUCACAAAAAUAGAGCAGAAAUUAGUGAAACUGGGACACCUCAAAAAAACUCCACAAGUCAAGGAAUUAAAGAGCCAAUUCUUCCAAAGAAUAAACAAAGCAGACAAACCCUUAGGUAAUCUAGCCAGAAAAAAGGAAAAGACCCAAAGCAGUGCCAUUAGUUAUGACAAAGUUAAAAUCAUAACAGACACUGCUGAAAUUCAGAAGAUUAGUAACUAAUUUGAACACCUAUACUGCAUAAAUUGAAUCAGAAGAAAUUGAUUUCUAGAUGCAUAUAAAUUAUGAAAACUGCACCAAAAAGAUAUAAAAACCUUUAAUAAUCCAAAAACAGGUAAUGAAAUUGAAGCAGGGGGUAAAAUAACUACCAACUACUAAGAAAAUCCCAGAGCUGAUAGAUUCAUUGCUGAAUUUUACAAGAACCCUAGGGAAGUUUUAAGGCCAAUACUCUUCAAACAUUUUAAUAACAUAAUAAAUUUGAAAGAGAAGACAUACUCCCAAAGUUUUUCCCAUAAGCUAGCAUUUCCCUGAUUCCAAAACCAAACAAAGAUCCGAGCAGAAAAGCUAACCAAAACAUAAUCUCUUUAAUUAAAAAAACCUCAAGAAGAUACUGGAAAACAGAUAUGUCAUUCAAAAGAUCAUGACCAAAUAGGCUGCAUGCCAGGGAUGCAUGGAUGGUUCAGUAUAUGCAAAUUAAUAAAUGUAACCCACAUAAAAGAAUAAAAAAACCACAUGAUUAUCUUAGUAUAUAUAGAAAAAGCUUUUGACAAAAUUCAACACUAUUCAUGACAAAACACCAAAUAGGUAUACAAGGACUCUGUUUCAAUCUGAUAAAAGCCAUUUAUGAAAAACCUAUUCUCAACAUCAUAUUAAAUGGAGAAGACCCAUGGCAUUCCCUAUCAAAUCAGAAACAAGACAGAUGUUCAUUUUCAUCACUUUUAUUGUGUAGUUUUCAAAACAUUAGAACAAUCAGACAAAAACAAAAUGAAUAAAAGAGAUACCUAAAGCCAAGGAAGAAGUGAAGUCAAAGCAUGAUAGUCUACUUGAAAUCCCCUCAAAAGUUUCAUGAAAAGACUCCUAAAAUUAACACCAAGUUCAGCAAGGUUAUCAGGAUACAAAACACAAAAAUUAGUAGCAUUCUUCUACAUUAAUAAUGAGCACACUGAGAUAUAUAAUAUCAUUUGCAGUAGCAUCAAAGAUAUGUAGGAAUUAACCUAACCAAGGAAUUGGAAGACUUCUACAACAAAAAUUAUGUUAUUCUGAAAAAAGAGAUCAAGGUAUCAGAAUAUGGCAAGAUAUUCUACGUUCCUGAAUAGACAGAACAAAUACAGGUUUUUUGUUUGUUUGUUUGUUUGUUUGUUUGUUUUUACUAAAAAUCAAACAUAGGACCUUGUGCUUACCAGGUAGGCACUAUGUUGCUAAGCUGUAUCCCCAGCCCCCAGAACCAAUAUAAUUAAUGAUACACCGAUUUACUGAAAUCCCAAUCAAAAUACCAACAGCAUUCCUCACAGAUCAAGAGAAAACAAUCCUAAAAUUUAAAUGGAUACAGAAAAGAUCCAGAAGAGUGAAAGAAAUCUUGGGUAAGAAGAGCAAAGCAGAAGGUAUCACAAUCCCAGACUUGAAGUUGUAUUACAAAGUUACAAUGAUAAAAACUGCAUGGCACUGGCAAGCAAGAAAGAAAAAAGACAUGGAUUGAUGGAACAUAAUAAAGGAAACAGAAACAACAGGGAUAUUUGGCUAUUUUAUCUUCGACAAAGAAACCAAAAACACAAUGGAAGAAAGCCUCUUAAAUAAAUGAUUCUGGAAAAAUUAAACAUCUACAUCCAGAUGACUGAGCCUAAAUUCAAAUAUCUAAUCAUGUACUCAUCUAAAGUCAGAAUGAAUCAAAUAGAAUAAACAAUCUUCUAAAGAUAUAGUAGGUAAAACUUGAAGCCAUAGUUUAACAAAGAAUUUCUGGAGAGCUCUCAGUCACACAAAAAGUACAUGAAUCAGCAAAUAGAAUCAUAUCAAACUGAAAAGCUUCUACACAACAAGGGAAACAACCAACAGAAUGAGAAGAUCACUUACAGAAUUGGGAAAACAUUGCCAGGUUCUCCUUGGACAGAGGACAAAUAUCUAGGAUACAUAAAAAACUGAAAGAAAAAAAAAAAACAACUAGAUUCCACCAAAAUAAAAGAAAAAGGUAAAAAUUGGGCAACUGAAAUAGAACAUCUCAGAAAAAGUACAAAUUGCCAAUAAGUACAUGAAAAAUGUUCAACAUCACUGACCACUAAAGAAAUGCAAAUAAAAACCAUAUCAAAAUUCCAUUCUACUCCCAAAAGAAUGACUACCAGCAAGAAAUCAGUGCUAACAAAUGCUGUGAGUUUCUGAGGGAAAAAGAACUCUUCUGCAUUGUUGGUGGGAAUGUAAACUGGUGAAAAUCAGUACGGAGAUUUCUUAAAAAGGUAAAACUAGAAAUUCUAUUUCACCUAGCUAUACCCCUUCUAGGUAUCUUCCAAAAAAGAGUUAAAGUCAUCAUGUUACUAUAAUGCAUGCAUAUUCAUAUUUAUAAGAGCACAAUUUAAUACCUCUAUUUUACAAACAGCCUAUAAGCCCAUCAAUAGAUGAAUGAAUAAAGAAACUGUGGUAUUUAUAUGCAGUGGCGUUCAUAAGUAAAAGUAUACACCUUAAGACUGUAAGAUGGUAUUAAGGUAAAUAAACCAGACAUAUGAGCUUAAAUAUCACAUGGCUUCUGAUAUAAGAGAAACUCAAAAUACGAGCAAAAUAACAUGACAGGAAGUAGGGAGAUCUUUUUCAAAUGCGAAGGUGUGAUAGUUAACUGAAUGUGUCAAUUUGAGUAAGAAGUGCCUCACUAAAUUGGAUCAGCAUAAUUCUGGGUGUGAAUGAGGGGCUUUCCUGAAGAUUUCUUGGUGUUUAUUGGGUGUGAGUGACAGUCACCAGUGGGCUGCAGCCUGAAUGGUAUGAAAGAGAAAUAAGGCUUGUUUCCUGUUUCUUUAGAGGAGCUCCAGUCUUCACUUUCUUCUCAGAUGUCUCCUGGCUUCCAGCAGAGAGCCUUCAGUCUUGCAUCCCAGACCUUUCGGCCUUCUGAUGUGUGCUCCCAAGACACUGCCGUGGGUUCCAGGUCUUCACCUAGACUCUUCAGAUCUCCAGUGUGGAGACAGACUUUGUGUGCUCUUCUACACCUGAUUCUGUGUGCAGUCAUUUUUGGGUCAUGAAUGCUGCCCAAAGGCCAAUGCCUUGAAGCCUUCAUCCAGCCUCAAUGCUACACUUUGCAGACUCUUCAGCCUUCCGUCACAGACACUUCAGCAUCCUGAUAUGGACCUGAAUGGACAGUGCAGUGAGCUCCAGACUUUGGAAGUUUUUGGUCUCCAGUGUGCAGACAUCCUCUGUAUGCUUCUUCGUCUAACUGUAUGGAUGAUCAUAAGGCAAAUCUUUGAUUUCUUAUGCAUUUUUAUAUUUUGUGUAUAUCUGUUUCUCUUAUAAACCAGAGACUGAUUUAGAUCUCAAAAUUUAUUAACCAAACUAUAGAACUAUAGAAUAAGUUCUAUAAUAUAAUAGUUGAAUCAUUGGUAAGUGGAAAUUUUUACAGAUAUUGCCAAAUUGUCCUCUCAAAACAUUGUAACUUAUCCCUCCAUCAAGUAGCAUUUGAAACUGUUAACUUUUCUUAACAAUUAACCUACCCCUUAUUAACUUAUAUAGGAAAUACUUUAAACAUGGAAUUACAGGGCCUGGGGAUUUAGCUCACUGGCAUAAGUGCCUGCCUUGCAAGCAGGCAGUCGUGAGUUCGAUCCCCGGUACAAUAAAAAGACAAAAAUAAAAUAAAAUAAAUAAACAUGGAAUUACAGAAUGCAAUUAUAGCUUCCAUCCCCUCUUCCCAAUCACAUAAAACUUUUUCUUCUAUUAAGGUGACAGCCAUCUUAAAUUUAGUGUUUAUCAUAUUCACAAUCUUUUCUAUAAUUUUAUGUCUUAAUACGUGGAUUUUAUACAUGCAUUUUAAAUGUUACAAAAAUUUUAUGCAUUUAUUAUAAAUGAAUAUUGUAUGUUAUUUGUGUAUGUUUUUAAUCUUUAUAUGAAUGGAUUAGUAAUGUGUCAUUUGGCAACUGGCUUUCUAUAAAUCACAUUUUAUUCUUGUGACUUAUCCACAUGUACCUAUAUGGUUUUGAUUUAUUCCUUUUUUUUUUAUUGUAUAUGUAGGACCUCUUGUACCUGUGAAAAUUUUGUUCUUGCUUUCUCUGAGAAUGUCUGUAGAAAAGAGAAUUUGGGGUCAGAAUGUAAAUCUUCAGGUUCACUAAAUACCACUUUAAGUCCAUUUGGCAAGUGCAAAAAUAAAUUUAAAAACUACA